CACGCACUAACUUCAAGUCUGAAACUUUCAGUUUUACUCUAUGCACACUGUACACCGCACUAGUCGUGCUCACGCGCCACCGCACUAGUCCUCCUCCUCCGCCCGUAUUCUUCACUCCACCCAUCUCCGUUUUACCUCCAAAUCUCUCUCUCUCUCUCUCCAAUCUCUGAAGCCAUGAAGCAACUGCACAAGCAACCCACCACCAAGAAAGACGAGGAGAUGCCCUUCUCUGAAACCCCGCCGUACUCCCCCAAAUCCCUAAAACACCACCGGUCCCUCCACAGAUCCCUCAGCUAUAUCCUCUGCGAGCAGCGCCUCCUCUUCAUCCUCAUUGGCGUGCUGAUCGGCUCCACCUUCUUCAUCAUCCAGCCGUCUCUCUCGAUCCUAUCCUCGGCGGACCGAAGGCCUCGGAUCUCCUCCGGCAGCCGCAAUUCGCUGGCCGAUUUUGGGGAUCGUGAGGUGCCGGUCGAUUCCCGUAGCCUUUCCGGAGAGGGGAGCUACAAUCGGUACUCGAACGGGGUGGGGCGGGUUCCGGUGGGGAUUGGGAGGAAGAGGAGGAGGAUAGUCGUCACCGGCGGCGCCGGUUUUGUCGGGAGCCAUUUGGUGGAUAAGCUGAUCGCCAGGGGGGACGACGUGAUCGUGAUUGACAAUUUUUUCACGGGGAGGAAGGAGAAUGUGGUGCAUCUAUUUGGUAAUCCGAGGUUUGAGCUGAUUAGGCACGACGUUGUAGAGCCGAUUCUGUUGGAGGUGGAUCAGAUCUACCACUUGGCCUGCCCUGCUUCCCCUGUGCAUUACAAGUAUAAUCCAGUCAAAACUAUCAUAUCCUUUUUUUCUGUAUAUUUUUGUUGCAUUGUAUGAGCGUCUGAUGGUUCUUGUUUUAGAAUAAUUUGUGUUGCAUUGUAUACUUUCAUGUGUAUUGGUACUUUUCAGAACUGAAAAGUGCACAAGUGUUACUGUUUUAUUGCAUUUGAUAUUGGUCGAUAUCCUUGACUGUGUGAUUAAAAGACAAAUGUGAUGGGAACUCUUAACAUGUUGGGCCUCGCGAAGAGAAUAGGCGCGAGGUUUCUUCUUACUAGUACGAGUGAGGUUUAUGGUGAUCCACUUGAGCAUCCACAGAAGGAGACUUAUUGGGGGCAUGUGAAUCCUAUUGGUGUACGCAGCUGCUAUGACGAAGGCAAACGAACUGCUGAAACCUUAACUAUGGAUUAUCAUCGAGGUGCUGAUGUUGAGGUGCGCAUUGCGCGUAUUUUUAAUACGUACGGACCUCGUAUGUGUCUAGAUGACGGGCGUGUGGUUAGCAACUUCGUCUCACAGGCUAUACGAAAACAACCAAUGACAGUCCAUGGGGAUGGAAAACAGACACGAAGCUUUCAAUAUGUGUCUGACUUGGUGGAUGGACUGGUGGCGUUGAUGGAGGGUGAACAUAUCGGCCCAUUCAACUUGGGUAACCCGGGAGAAUUCACCAUGUUGGAGCUUGCUGAGGUUGUGAAAGAAACUAUUGAUCCCAGUGCCACAAUCGAAUUCAAACCAAACACUGCCGAUGAUCCUCAUAAGAGAAAACCAGAUAUCACCAAAGCAAAAGAUCUUCUCAACUGGGAGCCAAAGAUUUCCCUACGAGAAGGGUUGCCUCGCAUGGUAGACGAUUUUCGAAAUCGGAUCUUGAAUGAAGAUGAAGGAAAGGAGAACUAAUUAAUUAUGAAGAACAGCCCAAAGGAAAAAAAAAAAUAGCUUGUACAGAUUGAGAGCGUGUUUUUGUAAGUUAGCCGUUCCACUUUAACUUAUUGCAUUCAUAUCUUUGAUGAACAUUUUAUCAGCAAUGUUCACCGCGUAUGUCCAAAAGAAAAGUUUGUCCUACCAAACGAAAUUUAUUUGAAAACAGGAAACUUAUAAGUUAACCAAAUAAGCUA